CAAAAAUCACCUAUAUAAAUAGCCAGUUAUCAGCGUAAAAGACAUACAGUGCAGAAAGAAGUAGGCACAUAGCUUUUUGUAUUAAAAGUUUUACUUUCUGUGUGUUUCCGGUAUAUUUUUAUAUCCGUCAAUGAUGAAGUUCCUACUUCUUGCUUUGAUGGCACUUUCUCUCGGUUUUGCUGUAUCUGGAGACCCUCAAAUAUGCUUAGGAGAGCAAUUUCUAAAAGUCAUCUUGCAAGCAUAUUAUAAUGUGAAAGAAUCGGAUAUGAUGACUGAUUGUAAAAUUGACAUGAAAAACCGGUGGACUAAUAUAGAAAAAGCUAUUCUAACUUUUGAAGAACUUACACAGAGUGUAGUAAAUGAUUUAGCGAAUGGGGCAAAAAAGGUCAAUAAAGUUACUGAUGAGGUCUACGAAAAUCUUAUUAAAGCUCGUUGUAUGAAAAAUGAUUCUUACCAGAGGGCGAAGCUAAAUGUCUAUAAAAAGGCGUUACCAUGCAUGAAGAAGGAUAAGCUGUCAGCAAUUAUGCAAGACUCCAUGUUUGCAAAUUGUCAAAAUAUUAAAUUUCGAGCCAAGAAGCAGAAUUCAUAAUCGGGAAAAAAGAGGACGAAAAGAGAACCAAAGGAUAAAAUUUAUGACGACUUUUAAUAUUUCUACAAUUUUAUUAUUGGCUUUUAUUAUUAUAAAGAAACUAUGUAUUGUUAAAUAAAAAUUUAUUACUAUGAGCAUUAAA